AUGGAGGCGGCCGCCUCCGGGCCCUGGGGGCGGGCCCUGGCGCACAGUGACAGGGCUACGCUCCGAUCCGCCGGCCGGGGCCUCCCGGUCCCCGCAGAAGGGAGCUCCCCGCCCCGAGCAGCUCACCUGGAGCUUCACAGCCCUGGGACUAUGAAGGUCAAAGUUAUUUCAGUCUUGGAAGAUAACUACAUGUACUUGGUCAUUGAGGAAAAUACCAAGGAAGCUGUUGUAGUGGAUGUGGCUGUUCCCAAGAGGUUACUAGAAAUUGUCAGAAAAGAAGGCGUUGCACUUAAAGCAAUUCUUACCACCCAUCACCAUUGGGACCACGCCCGAGGAAAUGAAGAACUGGCCAAGGUGUAUCCAGAGCUGCAGGUGUAUGGAGCAGAUGAGCGGAUUGGAGCCUUGACACACAAGGUGACUCACAACGAGGAGUUAAAGUUCGGGGAUAUUAACGUGAGGUGCCUGUUCACGCCGUGCCAUACGUCAGGCCACGUGUGUUAUUUCAUGUGGGAAGAGAACUCCCCAGAUGCUCCAGCCGUCUUUUCAGGUGACACCUUGUUCAUUGGUGGCUGUGGGAAGUUCUUUGAAGGGACGGCCGAGCAGAUGUACAGGAACCUGACUGAAAUCCUGGGUGCUUUGCCAAAGGACACUAAAGUGUUCUGUGGGCACGAGUACACCGUGAGGAACCUCAAGUUUGCUUUGAAAGUGGAACCGGAGAACGAGAUUGUGAAAAAGAAACUCGCUUGGGCAAAACUCCGAGACGACGAGGACUUGCCCACGGUGCCCUCCACUCUGCAGGAGGAGUUCGACUACAACCCCUUCCUGCGGGUCUCGGAAGAAUCAGUGCAGAAAUUCACGGGCAAGACGGAUCCGGUGGACGUGCUGCGAGCUCUCCGCACAGAGAAGGAUAACUUCAAGAAGCCCAAAGAGAGGCUGACCCCUCAGGCCAUGCUGGCGUUCGAGUGGGGUCUCUUCAGCCCCUUCAUGGAGAAGAAGUGAAAUGCAGCCGGGUUUGUCGGAUCGUUUAUUUUGUGCCAAUAUAUAAAUGCAACCAAGGCCACAGCGAGGGCCAGUCUGUCUCCCCGCUGGGCAAGGAUUGUUCCCCGUAGCACAUAGUGUAGGGCUCUGUCCUGUCUGGCUUUAAAUGAUUCGGCCACUGAAGCUUCCCUUAUUGCAUGGGCCCCGCAGCUCGGAAUUGGGGAUGUAAUUCAGCCUUGUUUCUUUUCUCCUUUUGAUCCCCUCACUUCUAGCUGUACGUGUUUGAACCACCCUAAGCAAUUCCUCUCUCUCCUUACACCCCUCUGUGAAUGGUCUGAUUUUCUGAGCCCUGCCUCUUAAAAGGGGUGAUGUAAGAACCAGGUUCGUUUUUGUACCUGGAAGUAAACUAUGGGCUUCUGGAAAACGGGGAAAUCUGAAUGUAAGGGUUCGAAGUGGAACUGUUCUGCCCAGAACAAUUCCUGUUUUUAAAAGGCUGUUUUGUUGCUCCCCAAAACAAGAUAUUUUGGGGACAUCUAAAACUUCCAAUUCUUCUAGUAAUUACUGGGAGGAGGGGCUGCUCGCUGAAUGGAACGAAACUAUGCUGUGUACCAAUGUAGCAUUAGAAAAAACACUUUUAUUUUGCACGAAGCCAGGGCUGGCCUUGUCAACAGUGACUCUCACAAACGAUAACUGAGAAACUUGAAAGUGCUGAUUUCUGUGCCAAACUCCCCUUGUCUUCAGUUGUUAACUGUCUCCAGAAAAUCAAAACGGGCAGUCAAUGGGCCCCUUGUAGUGUGAUCUGGUGAUGCAUGUAUAUUGAGUAUAUAAAGCAGUGCAUCUUUUCAAGGAGCCGACACUGGCUCCCUGCAACCUUGACAGGUUGGAAAGGUUUCAUGUAAUAGAAUUAUAGUAUGUAAGGCAAAAAUUUACCACGCUUAAUCACAGCAAGCUGAAACUAGCAGCAGGGUAAUUGGAGGGGAAUUGUCUUUUUGCUUAAUAAUCAGGAAUAUCUUUGUCAAAAGCAGCAUUAAAAAAAAACACACCCUGUUUUUUAAUAUUCCCAAAUCAAAAUGUGAUAGCAGGAUUUGAAAAACAAUUACUAGGGACAUAGCAUGGGCUUCUGAACAGAUUAACCCCGCAAAAUGCUUUAAAUUGGAGCCCAGGCUUGUGGUCCUUGAAAGCAAGACUUUGCUGGGAGUUGCUUGUGCAGAAGGCCUGAUGGAUCACAUCCCUUAGGCUCCUAGUUUGAAAAUAUGCUUAUAUGCUCCCUUUACCAGCAGAGGCAGAUUAAGGAACCACAGUUAAAAGCCUGUGCAGAUUUAUGCACAUUUAACUCUAUGCAAUUGACGAGGGGAUUACUCACACCCAUGAAAUUAAGCACAUCCAUGUCUGCAGCAUCAGGGCCUUGGGUCAGUAAGCAGCAUCUGUUCUGCUGCUUUUCUCCCACUAUAGAACAUGAAAGAUUCUUCCCCUCCCACGUGUACGUUUAGCAGAGUGGAAAGGGGAAGGACUUGUGUUUGUAUCACUGUUAAUUUUUUUUAUAGAAGUAAAAAUUCAAGAUCUGCUUUUUAAAAAAAAAUUGUCAGCCUUCCAAUUUUAGUUUAACAAUCUGAAAACUGUGUGUAGUACUUAAAGUUUGCAAGGCACUGGAGCAGUUUAUUACAAUAUUUAGAAUUAAGUGUUGUCUCCUCUGAAAGAAAAUCUAGAGUAGCUCUGUAAACAGCUGUGAAAAUCGGCAUGCCUUGAUUAGAGGGAGCAGUUCUAGGGAGCAAGUUGCUCUGUUUCAGGAUUCCAUAGCUUUUACUAUUAAAUAGCAGGCCUCAUUCUCCACUACCUUGAGUUACUGUUUACACCAAAGUGAAAAAGCUGGAUAAACACUACUCCGUUAAAAGGGCAGUGAUUUUACACCUACAUCACACAGGUGAAUGAGAACACCAAGGAAGGCAGAUUGGGCCCCCUAAAACGUCUGACUCUAAAACUGUUCACACAGCUUUGAUUAAACUUGAUAAGUUCUUAGCACUGGAUUAUAGUUGACCUGAUUUUUUUUAUGUACAGUGAGCGUUUUUUUUUAAAUAAACCAAUAUAAUUGUCUCCAUACUAGGUUUGCACCGUACAACUUGUGUGUAGACCUGACCAUGGUGUAACACUUUGAUGCUAACCACCACUGAUGUACAACUCUUGAGAUUAUUUUACUGAUGUGUAGAAUAUAGCUCUCGUAAAGGGGUAGCAAAACAAAAUGCAGAUUACUAAUGGGUUAAUUUUACAGUGCAAUAGCUAAUUAGCAUUUUAUUUGUAUAUGCCUAAUGAAGACUGCACAUUUUAAAUAAACUGAACUUGGGUCUUUUGCACUUUAGUUCAAAGUCCUAGCACUUGUGUACUAAACCUAGAAUUGCAUCACUUAACACUAGAAUCCAUGGGGCUUGCUGCAGUUAAAACCUACAGGUUUAAUGCAAUACUAUAUGUAAAACUAUGCAUGAGAAGGUAUUCACUGAAACUAGCCCCCUCCUUGCAAAACAGGAGAGAAAAGCAAUGCGAGAGUCUUGCCGGAUGAGCAGAGUGUACCUGCUACUAGAUUGUAAUGACAGCUUUAAAUAAAGCUUUGAUUUUUUUUUUUUUAAA